UCAUGGGGCCCCCGGGCAAUAGGGGAUCAUGGGGCCCCUGUGUCCUUGCCCAAACUCAAAAAAAGCCUAUGAAAAAGGUACCAGGGGCAUCUCAUGGGGCCCCUACUGACUCCGAGCCCUUGGGCAGUGCCCGAGUUUCCAAAUGGUCAGUCCGCCCCUGAUAGUCUGUUUAAUAAUUGGUAGCCAACAGUAUGUUACUCUAAAACAAAUGAAAGUGUUGCAAUGCUAGCAUAAAUCAAUACAUGUAAAUAUACGAACAAAAACAUGAAUAAUUGCCCAAAAGAUAAUAAAACAUAAAUAUAAAUGCAAUUCUUCAAAAAAAUCCAAAUAAGUGA